ACGAACUAGUGCUCUAAAACGUCGAGAGGUUUUUAGGACAGAAAGUCCAAACCAGUAAAUUUAUUGCAGAUGUUAAAGAUCCAUCCCCAACAUGUCCCAUAUGUUCCUUUCACCACAUCAACGGAAGAAACUUUCACGAUUUGGAUGAAAUCUCUGAUUCUUAGCGGCAAAGGCUGCACCGUGUUCGACUCAAACGGCCGGAUCGUUUAUCGUGUUGAUAAUUACAAUCGCAAGUACUGCGAUGAAGUUUACCUAAUGGAUUCUACCGGAAAAGUUUUGUUCACCAUUCGAAGAAAGAAAUUUAGGUUGAUUAAAUUCUGGGAAGGAUUUAGAACAUUCAGUGGAAGAGUUAACGAUGAAGAUAAAAACCCAGGUUUUGAAGUACGAAAAAGUUGCAGGAUUUUAAGAUGCGACUCCAUCUGUGAAGUUAUUGUCAGGUUACAUGGGGAUCAACCGUGUCAACAUUACCGGAUUGAAAGCUGUCCAGGCAAAUCAACGUUCAAGAUUGUAGACAAGCUCGGCAGGCUUAUUACGGAGGUGAAAAGAAAGCAAUCUAAAAGUGGAGUUAGUUUAGGAGAAGAUGUAUUGACAAUGGUGGUGGAACCCCAUAUCGAUCACUCUCUUGUAAUGGGCCUUGUUGUAGUUUAUAGUCUCAUCAAUGGUACAAUAUUGUGAAGUAGUCAAAACCCUUGUUCAUGUACAUCUUACUAAUGUUUUAUAUAUCUAAAUCAAAUCCAAACUACAGUGGUUAUUGUGAUUAAAAUGUUGAUAAUCACUUAAUCUUCUAUUAUUCUAUCCAAAU